AUGGAUAACGUUGACUCUGUUGUAAGAGACUGUCUGGAGACUUUGAAAAAAAAUGAAGGAUGCAAGAAAUUGAAAAUGUUGUUAGGUAUGUGUAACCGAGACCAGCUCAUUCAAUGGAAGGACGCUAAGCAAAUGGAUGUCUUACAUCAUUCCAUCCUCAACAACAAUCCGGAAGUAGUAGAAUAUCUAUUGACGAAUGGAUAUUUCGUGCGACCUUUUGAACCGGAAGUGAAUCCUUAUCUCCAUUUGGCGGCACACUUAGGAUUUAGAACAAUUAUCAAUCUCCUUCUUACUCACCGUCCAGGCGACAAUAGGCCAACCAAAAGUCUUGUUUUUCCGGAAAGUCAAAACUCAUCAAGACCGAUUUCUGAGGUCACCCCACUAGAUGUCGCUGCCUCCGCUGGUCACGUGCAAUGUAUCCACCUUAUUUUAAACCAAUGUGUAAUCAAGGAGCACCCCGAACACGCCAAAAGUGGCUAUCUGUCUCUUGCUACAGUGUCUGGUUCACUAAAGGCCGUAAACUUUUUGUUAGCACAAAAAUAUGACAAAGCGGAUAUUCUUAGUGCUGUCGAAUUGGCUAUACGUUUCGCUAGAGCUGAAAUCUUGGACUCUCUGCUUGGUACAGGUGUAGAUACCCGGGAGGUCAUGAAGGGUGUUAACCUCUACCAUUCUUUAUAUACGAACAGUGCUGUGAAAGGCUUUGGUCGCGAAGGAUAUAGACGACUGCCAGACGUGACAAGUGUUCUCAUUAAAUAUCGGCAUGACGUCAACUCUAAAUCUCCGUGCAACACAUAUCCACUUUAUACGUUGCUACGCAAUUCUUUGUGUGCACAUGAUUACAUCAACACACAGUAUUAUCUAGCAUGUCUCAAGCUUCUUCUGAAGGCAAAUGCAAACCCAAACUUUGAUGAAGUCCGACAUGAACGAGUGAUGCAAAAGAAAGGCAGCAAAUCCGUUGUAGGGCGCCCAGCAUUUUCUAGCGCUCUUCAUUGUUUACUAGAUACAGUAGAGAUAUACGCCUCCUAUUUUGAUUCCAAGGCUCUGGCUGUAAAGUUCAUCACUGAAUGUUCUGACGUUCUCUUCCGGUUUGAUGCCGAUAUACACCAAGUUGGUCGCCUUGGAGAUCAAAAGAGCACGCUGAGUGGUUCGAUUCUUCACCAAUACGCAAAAUCCAGCGUCAAGCUCGGAGUAGAUUCAGACGUACUGAAAGUCUUCCUCAGACAAGGCGCGAAUCCAAACAUUAAAGUAAAUGGGAAAUAUUGCAUCAAUGUCUUCACUGACAGCCUAUUUGUCAGCAUACUGGCAAUACCGUCACAUAAGACACAGCCGGACAAGACGGCGGACGUCGGCUGUAUGCUAGAUCUGUGUCGCUACAUGUCGAAUAGGGCCAUACACGAAACUCUACAAAUUUUCAUUCAUGACCACGGAAGAAACAACGCUGACAGACUAAAAUCUCAUAUUGCCAGAAUAAAGUCGAAACUCACAGAGUUUUCUAAGUCGGUGGCACCAUUACAGCGAAUCUGUGCGAAUUAUAUAUGGCAUCGCUGUGGUAGAAACGCAAAUAACAUUCAUAGUCUACCAAUCAGAAUUAAAUACAAAACAGAUAUCUUACCCAUAGUGUAA